AUGGAGACAAUGAAGAGAUCAGAGAUUGAUACAACGGCACCGUUUAAAACCGUUAAAGAAGCUGUCGCUUUGUUCGGCGAGAGAGUCUUAGCCAGUCAAGUCUAUUCCAACCAUCUCAAAGUGAUGGAAGGAGAGAAACUGGUUGAUCCAGAAAAGAUUGAGACAGAGCUUAAAGAGACAAAACACAAUCUCAAAAGAGCAAAAGAAGAAAGCUUUCAAAUGAGGAGCUCUUUGUGUUCUCUUAAGGAAGAGCUUGAAAGGACAAAACAAGAGCUUCAGAAGCUGAGAGUGGAUCCUGUGGAACCCGUAAAGAAAGUUGAUGAGACUGUUUUCAAAACCAAAUUCGAAGUGUUGGUUCCUCAGAUUGAUGAUGGACCAAUUAGUACUAGUCCAAGGUUGAGAUCGAUGAGUGAGAAGAGAUACGUUAAAUUUGCACACCCUACGACGGGUGAUAAUGGUUCGGCGGUGGAAAUGUUUCUUGAGAGACACCCUUCAAUGAGAAAGAAGGAGAAGAAGUCGAAGACGAAGAAGAAGAAGAAGAGUUUGUUCCCUUUGUUUAUUGGAGGGAUUUUUGCUAAGAAAAAGGUUUUUCAAUGA